CACCAAUGGGAGCGUUACGUCUUCAUUUGUCUAUCCAAUAGAAGCACGAGGUGAAGAACCCGGCCGCUCUCUUUGAUGACGUGUAUGAUCUGAAGCACAAAACCGCGUGAAAAUGCUCUUCUACUCGUUCUUCAAGUCACUGGUUGGCAAAGACGUUGUGGUGGAGCUGAAAAAUGACUUGAGCAUUUGUGGAACAUUACACUCAGUUGAUCAGUAUCUGAAUAUCAAACUGACAGAUAUCAGUGUCACUGAUCCAGAGAAAUAUCCACACAUGUUGUCGGUAAAGAACUGCUUUAUUCGUGGAUCAGUAGUGCGAUAUGUUCAGCUUCCUGCGGAUGAAGUGGACACACAGCUGCUACAGGAUGCUGCACGCAAAGAAGCUAUGCAACAGAAACAAUAAUUUGAGGAUAGUAUUUUUGUUGGACUGUUCACAAACGUUAUCUGUGGAGCCUUGUAGAUGUUUUUGUUUUUCUACCUGAAACUUACGUAAAGUUUGGAUUCCCCCCCUCUAGAUAUUCAUUGACCUCUGUUGUCAUGAGGCCCUUUAACUGGGAUGACUUUUGAGUUUGUAGUGAUUUUUGUGCUUUUAAUAAUGUUUGGUUCUGUAUUGCAUCCAAAAUGUUAAAAUGUUUUAGUUAAGUUCUUCGACCUACUAUAAAGGAAUAAAGUCUCUUCCUCCACCGUC